CAACAAGAAAACAUUCACUGGAAGAAAAGCGAGAAGUUUCACGAAAUCGUCGAACUUUUUCUACAAAAAUACGCUAUGCCAGAUAAAGUGCAUUUGUCGAGCAUACAUGAAGCAGCUCGUUAUGGCGAUGUCCUUGAACUCCAGGCCAUGGUUCAAAGAGGCGCUGGUAUUAACGCUUUAGACACGAAAUUUAAAUUUACUCCACUUCACUGGACAGCUUUACAUGGUAGACUUGAGUGUUUACAUUGGUUGCUAUGGCAUGGAGCGGAUCAUUCUGACAGAACCCCCCAGGGCUGGACUCCGUCUCAUCUGGCAGCAAUAAGAGGACAAGAUGCUUGUAUACAGUCAUUAGCGGCCAAUGGAGCUGAUUUGAAUGCAAAAGACAACAGAGGUUGUACCCCUGCUCAUCUUGCCGCAUCCCAUGGAAACUCUUACACCUUACAGUCCAUACUGCGGCAUGGAGUGGAUGUAAAUGCAACAGACAAUAUGGGAUGGACAGCUGUUCACUGUGCAGCCUUCCAUGGAAGACUGGGAUGUCUGCAGCUACUGGCCAGAUGGGGUGCAAGCUUAGAUGAAGUGGACAAUGCUGGCAGUAUCCCAGCUCACCUUGCCGCCAGCGAGGGUCACCUUCCAUGCUUGAAGUUCUUGGUAUGUUCUGGCACCAGUAUUGACCACACCCUAAAUGCCAGGAAUGACCAGGGAGAAACACCCAAAAAUCUUUGUCAACAGUUUUAUAAAAAUGAAUGCAUGGAAUACCUGAAAGCUGUUGAAUAUGAUCUGCUUCACCCUGAAGAUGAAGAAAACUUGGCAUUCCCUGCCCAUGUAGCAGCCUACAAUGGUGAUCUGCCUCAGUUAAAGAUGUUAAUAGAGACUGGUGUUGUGUCAAUCAAUGAAAGAGACAGUAAAGGAUCUACCCCUGCACAUAAAGCUGCAGGUAAUGGACAUGUUCAAGUGUUGCAGUGGCUGGUAGAAAAUGGUGCAAACAUGAGAAUAGUCAACUCAGCAGGGGAAACCCCCAAGGAUGUGGCACGUCGGUUUGGUCGUCUAGGCUGCCUGGCUAUUUUAGGUGGAGACUCAGAUAAUGAAGACAAUAACGUGAUGGAUGGCGGUGCUGAAGAUAUUCAACCUGAAGAACCCCAAUCCAAAGCUGAAGCUAGAGGUCGAGCCAUGCGUAAGAUUGAGGAGUUGCGACAUUUACUGGAUGUUGCCAAGAUGAACUACAAACAGCUGGGUGGGGUGUUGGAUGAAGACCAGAAGAAACUAGAAGAAGAACGAGAAAGCGCAAGGAUUAUCCGAGAACUUGAAGCACAGCUCGAAUAUGAACGAGAAAAGCGAGAGAAACUCGAAGCCCAGAUGGACAGACUGAGGGCACAGAUACACACCCUAACACUACAGCUAGAGGAUGAGAGAUCCUUGUAUCGUACUGUGUCGGAGACCAAGAAGAGCACCCAACCGACACAGCAGUCGAUGCUCAGACGUAAGAAAAAGAAAUCCAAACGAAUCGACACGAGUUCAAGCGGGGUUUUCGUAAGAAGAGGAGUAUCCAGCCCAAACCCUAUACACUGUCAGGACAAAGACUGAACCACCAGAUCCCACACGGAAUGAUGGAAACAACGCACCUAUACAAGUCUCGUGUAGAUAUUUGUAUAUAUUUUAGGAGAGCAGCAUGAGCAUGCGAUAAAAGUCUGGGUAUCACUCCGGUUCCACGUCACGAAGGCUUGGUUACUUGGUUUGGAUACUAAACCAAUGCCAUCGCGCAUUUAAAGGUCUGGGUGGGACGGUGUCCACUGGUAGAACGAAGCUUGGGAUUGGACAAAAUAACAAAAACAAAGAAAGCAUGGAUUAUGGUGAACAAUGUGUAUUGUUCUACAUGUGAGCAGUAUCUUUUGUUUUAUCUCACCAUUCAUUGUUCGUUCAUCCACUCUCAGGCUUCGUUCUGCCCGUUGUGGAUUACCCGUCUGGGUACAAGGCCUUUUUCAGAGCAUGGUAUGGGUACUUUUUGUUAAACAUUCAUGCUAGCUAAGCGAUGUUUAACCGAACAAUCAUCGAUCGUCAUGGUACUGACUUUGGUAAAGCUAAAGAUUUACGUCACAUCCAAUCGUUGAAUAAAACAUUUGUUCUUUCGUAUAAAG